AUCUGCCCUGCCAUGCCUAAGGAGUCUCCAUCUCCGGUUGUUUGACUACUUCUUCUGCCUAGAUUUUUUGUCCAUAAAUACUCGGACUGAGACUCACUCUUAACACCACAGCCACAGCUUCAUAUCUAAGCUGAAGUUUUGUAACCCUCUAAAAAACUUUUCAUCAACUAAUUCAAAAGCUUCAAUCUUUAAUGGCGGAUGAGGUGGUUUUGUUGGAUUUCUGGCCCAGCCCUUUUGGGAUGAGGCUGAGAAUUGCUCUGGCUGAGAAGGGCGUUCAGUAUGAGUACAAAGACGAGGACUUGAGGAACAAGAGCCCACUCUUGCUCCAGUCGAACCCGGUUCACAAGAAGAUCCCGGUGCUCAUUCACAAUGGCAAAGCGGUCUCUGAGUCCCUUAUUGCGGUUCAGUACAUUGAUGAGGUUUGGAAGGAUAAGGCUCCUCUGCUGCCUUCUGAUCCUCACCUCCGAGCCCAAGCCAGGUUCUGGGCUGACUACGUUGACAAGAAGAUGUAUGAGAUUGGGAGGAAGGUGUGGACAACUAAAGGAGAAGAACAGGAUGCAGCAAAGAAGGAGUUCCUUGAGUGCAUUAGUGUGCUAGAGGGUGAGCUUGGAGACAAGCCUUACUUUGGGGGUAAGACUUUCGGAUUCGUGGACGUGGCGCUCAUUCCUUUUUAUACCUGGUUGUCUGUCUAUGAGAAGUUUGGCAACUUCAGUGUGGAGGCAGAGCACCCAAAGUUUAUUGCAUGGGCUAAGAGGUGCCUGGAGAAGGAGAGCGUGUCCAAGUCUAUUCCUGACCAGCAAAAGGUCUAUGACUUCGUUUUGGAAAUGAGGAAAAAGCUUGGAAUAGAGUAAAUGGGAGGAAGCAAGUUUGUUAGAUCAUGUGCUUGUUCUGUCUUUCAAGUUUGAACUUGUUUUCGUUUCUUUAAGAUUAGAAUAAAAGGGCACUUGACCAAGCCCUCUAUACAGUAUGAGGCACUUUGUCGUGCCUUUCUCUGGUCUUAUGUUUCUUUGUCAAUUGCUUUUGUAGUCAAAUUAUCAUAUUGUUGUUGACUUCUUGUUGCAGUAAGGAAAUUUUACAUGAUCAAAUUUCUUAUUCAGUGA